GCCCAGCCGGCUGAGCGGAGCGGAGCAGGCGAGCGAGGGGAGCCCGGGAGCGGGAAGCGGGCUAGGGUGAGGCCCCCCCAACCCCUGCGGUGCCCGGCUGGCAGUGCCAAAGCCCGGAGCCCAGAGCUGGGGGAGGGCCGGGCUGUCCGGGCCCUGCCCCUCCCCGCCGCGGGCUGCCCGGCAACUUGGGCAGAAAGUUUGGCACCGGCGGGGCGCGCGGUGCCCGAGGAUGGGCAGGGACUCGCUGGCCUGGUGCUUGGCGCUGUGCUGCUGGGGCUGCGCGUACCCCUGCGGUGCCUGGGCCAGAGAAAACCCCUUCGUGGGGAGCCCCGGGAAUGUCACAGGGGCCCGGGGCCUCAUGGGCUCCCUGCGAUGCGAGCUCCAGGUCCAGGAAGAGCCCCCGGAGGUGACAUGGCUGCGGGAUGGGCAGGUCCUGGAGCUGGCAGACAGCACCCAGACGCAGGUGCCUCUGGGCGAGGACGGGGAGGAAGACUGGAAGGUGGUCAGCCAGCUUCGAAUCUCCUCGCUGCAGCUUUCAGACGCCGGCUGGUACCAGUGCUCCGUGGUCCUAGGCGGGAAGACAUUCGUAUCCCAGCCCGGCUACGUGGGGCUAGAGGGCCUGCCUUACUUCCUGGAGGAGCCGGAGGACAGAGCUGUGGUCGCCAACACCCCCUUUAAUCUGAGCUGCCUGGCUCAGGGGCCCCCAGAACCCGUGGAUCUCCGAUGGUUCCGGGACGCAGUCCUGCAGCCUCCCACGCGGGGCCAAGGCCCCCACAUACUGCACCUCCCUGGUCUAAACAAGACUUCUUUCUUCUCCUGCGAAGCCCAUAAUGCCAAAGGGGUCACCACAUCACGUACGGCCACCAUCACAGUGAUUCCCCAGCGGCCCCUAGGCCUCCAUGUGGUUUCCAGUCAGCCCACAGAGCUGGAAGUGGCUUGGACCCCUGGCCUGAGUGGCAUCUACCCCCUCACCCAUUGCACACUGCAGGCCGUGCUCUCAGACGAUGGAGUGGGUGUGUGGCUGGGAGAGCUGGACCCCCCAGAGGAGCCCCUGACCUUAGAGGCCUCAGUGCCCCCUCACCGCCUGCGGCUGGGCAGCUUGCGCCCACACACCCCUUACCACCUACGGGUGGCUUGCAGCAGCGUCCAGGGCCUUUCCCCCUGGACCCACUGGCUACCCGCGGAGACACCCCAGGGAGCACCCCUGGGCCCCCCCGAGAAUGUCAGCGCCCGGCGGAAUGGGAGCCAGGUUCUCGUGUCUUGGCAGCAGCCCCGGGCACCCCUGCAGGGAGCCCUUUUAGGGUACCGGCUGGCCUAUCGGGGCCAGGACACCCCCGAGGUGCUCAUGGACAUAGGGCUAAAGCAAGAGGUGACCCUGGAGCUACAGGGGGACGGGUCUGUGCCCAACCUGACUGUGUCUGUGGUGGCCUUCACCGCCGCCGGGGACGGGCCCUGGAGCCUCCCUGUGCCCCUGGAGCCCUGGCAGCCAGGCCAAGAACAAUCCAUCCACCAGCUGGCAGUGAGUGAACCCCCUUCUCCGGCCUUUUCGUGGCCCUGGUGGCAUGUACUGCUUGGAGCAGCGGUGGCUGCUGCCUGCGUUCUGAUCUUGGCCCUGUUCCUUGUUCACCAGCGCAAGAAGGAGACACGCUAUGGAGAGGUGUUUGAACCAACAGUGGAAAGGGGUGAGAUGGUGGUCAGGUACCGUGUUCGAAAGUCCUACAGUCGUCGGACCACUGAAGCCGCUUUGAACAGCUUGGGUAUCAGUGAGGAGCUGAAGGAGAAACUGAGGGAUGUGAUGGUGGAUCGGCAUAAGGUGGCCUUGGGCAAGACCCUGGGUGAAGGGGAGUUUGGUGCUGUGAUGGAGGGUCAGCUCAACCAGGACGACUCCAUCCUCAAGGUGGCCGUGAAGACCAUGAAGAUCGCCAUCUGCACCAGGUCAGAGCUGGAAGAUUUCCUGAGCGAAGCCGUGUGCAUGAAGGAAUUCGACCAUCCCAAUGUCAUGCGGCUCAUUGGUGUCUGUUUCCAGGGUUCGGAGCGUGAAGGUUUCCCUGCCCCUGUGGUCAUCCUGCCCUUCAUGAAGCAUGGAGACCUGCACAGUUUCCUCCUCUAUUCUCGCCUCGGGGACCAGCCAGUGUUCCUGCCCACACAGAUGCUCGUGAAGUUCAUGGCUGAUAUUGCCAGUGGCAUGGAAUAUCUGAGCACCAAGAGGUUCAUCCACCGGGAUCUGGCAGCCAGGAACUGCAUGCUGAAUGAGAACAUGUCUGUGUGUGUGGCUGACUUUGGGCUCUCCAAGAAGAUCUAUAAUGGCGACUACUACCGUCAGGGGCGCAUUGCCAAGAUGCCAGUCAAGUGGAUUGCCAUCGAGAGCCUGGCUGACCGAGUCUACACCAGCAAAAGCGAUGUUUGGUCCUUUGGGGUGACGAUGUGGGAGAUCGCCACGCGGGGCCAAACCCCCUAUCCAGGCGUGGAGAACAGCGAGAUCUAUGAUUACCUGCGCCAAGGAAACCGCCUGAAGCAGCCUUUGGACUGCCUGGAUGGACUAUAUGCCCUGAUGUCACGGUGCUGGGUGCUAAACCCCCGGGACCGACCAAGCUUCAUGGAGCUGCGGGAAGAGCUGGAGGACACGCUGAAGAUGCUGCCCCCAGCCCAGGAGCCUGAGGAGAUCCUCUACGUCAAUAUGGAUGAGGGUGGGGGCCUAUCAGAACCCCUUGGAGCUGCUGGAGGCUCAGACCCCCCAACCCAGCCUGACCCCAAGGAUGCAAGCAACUGCUUCACCUCAGCUGAAGUCCAUCCUGCUGGACGUUAUGUCCUCUGCCCUUCUACGGCGCCUGGCAUUCUGCCUGCUGACAGAGACUCCCCUCCUGCACCCCCCGGACAGGAGGAUGGGGCCUGAGCUAAUCUUGCACAUAAACUCUUCGAGACCCAAGCUGGACACUGCCACUGGGGUGAAUCCCCAUACCCCAGGCCCUUUCCUACCCCACAUCUUCCCCACCACUCAGCCCUCUCUUCCAGCCACUUCCAUCCCAGACCCAGCCUUUUCUGCAUCUUAGAGCCCUAGCCAGGUAUAAAAGAAAGGUUGGCCUAUUGACCCACCUCAGGGUACUUCCCAUUUGGACACUCCAGGAUUCUGGAUUUUAAAGUUCUGCUGAAUCUCAAUGCAAAUGUUCAAAGUUUCACGGAGUCUUUGGUUCCUCAGGAUCUAUCUAAAUCCCGAAGUCUCUUAUUCUGAAGUGCAGAAAUCCUAAGAGUGUAAGGCUCUGAGAUGCUCUGGCUCAAGAUUUUCUGGUUUUAAGUUUUUUGGAUUACACAAACAUCACCCC